AUGAUUGCAUGUAAAUAUGAAAACUAUGAUGUUGUACAGUAUUUAUUAAGUUUAGAUAUUAUCAAAUUGUUAUUAGAAGAAUAUCAUGCAAAAAUUAUCAAGAAUAACGUGGGAUGCACACCAUUAACAAUAGCUGGUGUAGACGAUGAUGAGCUUGUUAUGAAUUAUUAUAUGAAUAAUGAUGACAAAUCUUGGUAUACAACUUCACAAAUCAUUGAUGAACUUGAAUUAAUUGGAUGUUAUCAUUUGACAUCGAAUAAAGUCGAUAGAUAUAGCAAAUCUUAUGAAUAUUUUCUACGAGUAAUGAAAUUAAGAUACAAAGACUUAAACAAAUCAAUUCUUAACACUAAUCUUCUACCACCGAUGGAAGUUUAUGAUUAUUAUAUUGAAUGUCAAACAAUCGAAGAGUUAGAACUGAUUAAAAAUGAUCCAGAUCGUAUCAUGAUGCAAGGUCUUAUGAUAUGGGAACGAUUGAAUAUAACAUUCGAUUUUCUUAAUCAACUUAAUACUCAAGCUUUAUAUUAUGCAAAUAACAUAGAAUAUCAACGUGCUAUACAAUUAUAUACACAUGCAUGUUAUCUUCGAAUAAAGACACAAAUUGAUGUACAUGGAUAUUUAGAAGAUCUCAAGAAUUGUACUAAAAUUAACUGGCAAUAA